AUGCCUUUACUCACUCCCCAACUACCUGACUUUUUCAACAUUACAACAUUCGGCGCCCAGUAUCAUGGUAAUACUCCGUCCGAAUCUAAGGCCGCGCUGAUUGCCGAGUUCGACACAGCCCUCAAAGCAGCGGCAGUGUUUGUUGAAGAUCUAAUCAACGACGACACCGAGCGUGAUUUAGGACUCUCUCGUGUCUGGAUCAGCUAUUGGAAAUCCCCCGAAGCCUUCCAGACCUGGUGGAAUUGCCCGGAAACAAAGCAGUUCUGGGCUGCCCUCCCUGAAGAUGCUGGUUUCUGGAGGGAGAGCCUGCGCUUCUCAAACAAGAGAUUCGUCACGGAGAUGUCUCAGGACAUCCCUUCAGGCGUAGGCCAUCUCGGCCCUAUGGUGCCCCUGACUGAGAAGACUGGAUACUGGGGCGCCCUGCGCGACCGUCUGCAGGAGUCAACAAACCGCAACAUCCUUGCUUCGUCUAUAGACGGUGUGCCCGAACCGAAAGCCCCGACGGGUGAUCUACGCCGCGGCCGUGUCAAGAUAACCAAAUUCCCAGACAACAUCUGCUUUGUCGUCGAGGGGCAGGACCGCACUACUAUGACGGGGGCUGAGAGCAAGCUCUGGUCGGAAAAGUUCCACCGGAAUACGAAGCGGUUCAUCACAAACGUUGUCCGGUCCGGCCCAGACGCCGGCAUGUUGUCAGCGCGUCUAUGUCAUGUCCCGGAGAGCGGAAAAACAAAAAUUGAGCCGUCAUACGGCACAGAUGACCCGGACUUCUUCCCCGCCCUCGACUUCAAUCGCUGUGUGCAGAUUUUCUUCUUCCUGGAGUUUAGAUACAUGGAGCGUGCCGGCCGGAGGGAAAAGUCUCACGUUGCUUUGAGACGCGAGUUCAUGGAAGCAUACGAGCCGGCUGGUUGUAUGGCACACGGCAACAUGCUGGUCUGGGUGGACUGUGGAGUGGUUAAGUCUCAGGAUAUCGAGGCCGAAUACGUUGGUUGCUAUGAUGGUACAGGCUUCCUGGCCUACGAUCACCACCCCGACUUCAAGUCUACAGUGAACGGGCAGUCAAAGUUGCAGGGUCUUCUAAGCUACGUUGGUCUCGCAUAG